AUGGGAGUUUGGGUUGAGGGGCAGUGGUGUUGGGAUUUCUCGUGGAAUCGGGAUCUCUCGGGGAGAGAACUUGAUCAGCUUUCUAACCUUUUUUCUAUCAUCAGAAAAUUUCAAGUGGUGGCAGGUGAAACAGACGGAUGGAGGUGGAAAGCAUCUCCAAACGGAGUUUUCUCCGUCAAGACGGCUUACAAGUCUUUGUGCCUUGAGACAAAUCCCUCCAGUUCCAGCCGAGAAGUGUUGGAGUGGAAGCAGAUCUGGAAAGCUCCAGCUACUUUUAAGGCUGUUACAAUAGCGUGGAAAGUGCUUAAAGGGAGGUUGACAACGUGCGACAAUCUUCAAAAAAGAAAUGUGGCGAUCACAAACAUGGAGGCAAUUUGUGUUCUUUGCAAAACGAAGGCUGAAUUUAUCGACCACCUCUUCUUUGAAUGCUUCAAAUCGGAAGAAAUUUGGAAGGAGAUUAUUCGUUGGAUUGGGAAACAAGCAGCAAGCCAACAAAAAGCGAAGGAACAUUUGUUAGCUUUCACCAAUCUUGGUAACAAGAAGGAUGUUUCUUUUCUUUCCGGAGUUUGGAUUUGUACAAUCUGGUGCAUUUGGAAAGAGAGAAACGAUUGCAAGUUUAACCAAAAGAAGUGGAGUAAAGGUAAGUUGGUUGCUGAAAUUAAGUCCAGAAUGUGGGGAUGGAGGAUGGCCUUUAACUGCCCAAUCUUUGCUACGGAAUUCAGGCAAUGGUUUACAAUGGUUAAGCUGUCCGAUUAG